AAAGAAUCGACCUAUACCUUCGUCAGUUGAAACCAGCAAUCAGAAUAUCUUCGGCUAUAGACAUAAAGACAGUAGUUUUAUUUCAAUAUAUAUAGAAAAGUUUUUGUGGCCUAUUUGUGAUUGGUUUGGUUUACUGUCACACACUGCUAAAGAUAUGGAGAAUAAAACAAAACAAACGUCUCACAUGUUGACUGGCAAGAACGCUAUGUUACUGGAUUUAUGCGUAUUACUGGUGAAAGAAGCAAAUUUGAAGGGCAGAAGAAGAGCGACCAUUACUGGAAUCUCGAACAUCGAACAAUUGCCCAAUGAAAAAUCUUCUUCCAAGUCAGGAACCACUUCCACUUUCGGUCUGGCUAUGACACUAGCAAUGGAUACGGCACCAAUUGUAACAUUCGCAGAAGUCAUCACUGCGAAGUUAACGGAAGGCCAGAAAAAGCGAUUGGUCGGUUCCAUUAGUGGCUUCUUCACCAAAAUUGAAUUCAGAGAUGCAGUAGACGCGAUGGAUAUUCUUGAUAAAGAUGAAACAUUAAAAGAAUCAGUAAUGACAAGGAUCAAGUCGCACUUCAAAAUAAUAUUGGGUUACACCAUCGAAUGAGGGUUUCAGUUGUCAAUGUUGUUUGUGCUUUCCCGUUUUUACCCCUAGACGUUAUUCAACGAUUGUUUCCAUUUUUUUAUUCAAUCUCUAGGAAUAAUUUUACUCGUGUCCAUGUUUAAACAGUGUAUGAAGGUGAACUAGUUUAUUGAUUUUAAUUUGUGAUUUUAUACUCCAACAUAUCGAAAAAGUAAUAUAGUUAUAUUGACAAAUGAAUAUUUGAAAUAUAUUUUUAGGAAAAAUUA